UUUUUAAUAAGCGUGGUUACAGUAGAAAAAUGAGGAGGAGACAUGAUGAGUUGUUGGAUGGUUCAUGGGAAUGAUGACGUGAGUGUGUGUGUGUGUGUGUGUGUGUGUCAUAGUAUACGUUUACAUGUUAAAAAUUGAAUCUUGUGAAUGAGAUGAUGAGAUGUGUGUGUCUGUGUGUUUGUGGGGUGCUGAUGAGAGAAAGCAAGAGUGAGUGAGUGAGCGAGCGAGCGAGAGAGAAAGAGAAAGAGGGGAGGGGGUUGGGGGAGGGGGGUGGCGAGUAAAGUGUGCAUCAGAGCGUCCGGGCAGAGUAAAAGGCGACAUGAAGCUGGCUUGACGUCCGACAUCCAAUCAGGAUGGACCAAACCGGUACCUCAGCGGUGGAAAACGGAACCUUCCCGCACUUCCCUCCGACAUCCGUCCCCGGAUCGUCAUCAGGAUCGGCGGUGGCGUCUCCGAGUCGAGCCGGCGGCGUCUCCGUGUACGUGUGGCUGUUCCUGGGCCUUCUGCUGUUCCUGCUCAGCCUGCUGGUCAUCGCUCUGCAUCGGCUGAAGAAUAUCAUCUCGUCCUCGUCCUCUUGCUCCUCAUCCUGCGGCGAGCCUCGCAGCACCUUCACCAACGUGGAGAUCUGCAGCGUCUCGUCUUCGAGGCGGUCCACCGUGUCGUCGCUGUGCGUCUGAGGCUCUCACACACACACACACACACACACACACAUGGGAAAACACAUGCCAGGCCACGGCAAAGACUUCUGGGAAAUGAAGGGGAACUGUUCAUUAAAGGGUAAUUAAAUGUUUGAAAUCAUUUUGUUUCACUGGCUUUUGUAUACCGCCGUCACUUUCUGUAGGCAUAAAAAGCAGGAUGACAGAGGACGACGUUCAAUGAGAUGGUUUACAUGAAUUGACUUGACUGAGGCGCAUUCGUCAGCAUCUUUUCCGACCAUUCAGACAUAUAUUUUUUUCCCCCCCCAGUCAAGAGAAAAAGAGCGAAAUGUGUUGCUUGUUCCAGAAGGAAUGCAUCAAUUAAAAAGCGGAGUCCACAAA